UUCCACCGGAAAAAGAGCCCCCGGGUUGGGGGAGGAGCCCAAAAGGGAUUGUGGGAGAAAGCCUUGUUCUUUUCCGUCUGGCGGCAGCCAUCAGGUAAGCCGAGAUGGGUGCCUACAAGUACAUCCAGGAGCUGUGGAGGAAGAAGCAGUCGGAUGUGAUGCGCUUUCUCCUGCGAGUCCGCUGCUGGCAGUACCGCCAGCUCUCUGCGCUGCACAGGGCCCCCCGCCCCACCCGGCCCGAUAAGGCGCGCAGGCUGGGGUACAAGGCCAAGCAAGGUUAUGUCAUCUAUCGGAUUCGUGUGCGCCGGGGUGGCCGCAAACGCCCAGUGCCUAAGGGUGCAACCUAUGGCAAGCCUGUCAAUCACGGUGUCAACCAGCUGAAGUUUGCCAGAAGCCUUCAGUCUGUUGCUGAGGAGCGAGCUGGACGCCACUGUGGAGCCCUGAGGGUCCUGAAUUCUUACUGGGUUGGUGAAGAUUCCACAUACAAAUUCUUCGAAGUUAUCCUCAUUGAUCCAUUCCAUAAAGCUAUCCGAAGAAACCCUGACACCCAGUGGAUCACUAAGCCAGUCCACAAGCACAGGGAGAUGCGCGGGCUGACGUCUGCAGGCCGCAAGAGCCGUGGCCUUGGGAAGGGCCACAAGUUCCACCACACUAUUGGUGGCUCUCGCCGUGCCGCUUGGAGACGGCGCAAUACUCUCCAGCUCCACCGUUACCGCUAACACAAGUAAUGUUUGUAAAAUUCAUACCUAAUAAACAAUUUAGGACAGUUAUGUCUACUUAAAAGUGUUCUUUAAUUUGUCUGUUAAAACAGUAGUUGUCUGCAGAUUGUUCCAUGAAUGCAUUGUCAAAUUUUGAAAGUGAAAGUGCAAUAACGCUUGACGACAAUAAGUGAUAGUGUAUCUUGUUUCUAAUAAGGUAAACAUUUGUCUUUGCUUUAUCUUGUUAGGCAGUUAUAUGUCAGUGUUUAAGAUGACGUGUGUGGUAUAAUAGGUGUAAAAUAAAUUCUGUAAAAGAGGA